AUGGCGUCUGCUACUGCACCCUCCACGCUCAGCCUCCCGCCACCGCACCACCAAGAUCUCCAUCGCCCCUCCGCCGCCACCUUCUCCCUAUGCUUCAGGAAGCCCUCGAAAGAGAACCCUUUCUACUUCUCCUCGCUCAAAACGUUCUUCUAUCCCUUGGUUCUACAGUCCGACAAUACCCGCUCGUCGAAAUCGCUCGUCGAUGCCGCGUUGGCUACCGAGACGGAGUUGGAUGAGGAGGCCGCUGAGCAGCAGCUAGAUGAUAGCGGAGCUGUUGCUGUCGUUACGAAGCCUAAAAAAGGCAAAGCUGCUUUGCCUUUGAAGAGGGAUAGGACAAGGUCCAAGAGAUUUUUGGAAAUUCAAAAGUUGAGAGAAAACAACCAGGAAUAUGACCUGAAUACAGCAAUAUCAUUGCUCAAGCAAAUGGCAAGCACAAAAUUUGUUGAAACGGCUGAGGCCCAUUUCCGCCUCAAUAUUGACCCAAAAUAUAAUGAUCAACAACUAAGGGCAACUGUAAAUCUGCCCAAAGGAACUGGUCAGAGUAUUAAAGUUGCUGUUCUCACACAAGGUGAAAAAUUCGACGAGGCAAAAAAUGCAGGAGCUGAUAUAGUUGGUGGAGAAGACUUGAUUGAACAGAUCAAAGGAGGAUUCAUGGAUUUUGAUAAAUUGAUUGCAACAUCCGAUAUGAUGCCUAAGGUUGCAAGUUUGGGAAAAAUUCUAGGACCUCGAGGACUAAUGCCAAAUCCUAAAGCCGGUACAGUGACUACAAACAUAGCACAGGCUAUAGGGGAAUUCAAGAAAGGGAAAGUUGAAUACCGAGCAGAUAAAACUGGGAUUGUUCACAUACCUUUUGGGAAGGCCGAUUUUUCAGAGGAAGAUCUUCUUGCAAACUUUCUUGCUGCAGUGAAAUCAGUAGAAGCUAACAGGCCAAAAGGAGCAAAAGGUGUUUUCUGGAGAAGGGCCCACAUAUGCUCAUCAAUGGGGCCUUCCAUUCGGUUGAACAUUAGGGAUAUGCUCGACUACAAUCUCCCUUGA